AAGUUCUACUCCCAAGUCAUGGGUUCAUUGCCAAAAAUGACCUUGCGUUCUAUUGACAUUGCUUGUUUUAUCAACAUUGCGACUCUUACAAAUAGGCUAAUUCACACUGUCUUCGUGAGCCUUCGGCGAGGACUAGGGGUGGGGGAAAUUUCCGAUUCUUAGAUGCAUCGCGAUUCGGACGUGGACGAAUCUGAAUCGAUUCACAAACGUCCAAAUUUCGAUUAUUUAAAUCUGUUAAUUAGAGUAAUACAGAAGGUUCUGAAUAAUGCGGAACUAAGAAGCGCGGUACGCGUCAUCUCCGGGACACUUUGGGAUGCGCACCUGGAGCGGGCAUGCCAACACGCACACAGAGGAAAAAAAACAUGGCUGACCGCUACCCACCUCGCCGUGAGAUCCUAACAGCUCCUUCUAAUUUAAAAGCAGACGUGUGGAAACACUUCGGCUUCUACAACGUCGACGGCGGAAGCGAACUGGACAAGAGCCACGUUAUAUGUAAGCUGUGUCGUGCUAAAAUAAAAUAUUUUGGCAACACAACAAGCAUGAGAAGCCAUGUAACUAGAUCCCACCCGACGGAGGAGUCAGGGAGGCGGCAGGCUGUUGUUGCUGCAGCUACGAGUGGCGCUACCGACCAGAGAACAAUCGAGGAAGCAAUUAGAAAGCUGCCACCCACAUUGGAAAAGGCGAAGCGAAUUACGAAGGCCAUAGCGGCAUUUAUUGCCAAGGAUUUGCGUCCUUAUUCCGUCGUGGAAAAUCAGGGAUUUCGAGCACUGCUGCAUACAUUGGAGCCCAGAUACACCAUCCCAUCCCGACGAUAUUUCACCGACACGGCCAUCCCAACACUCUACAACCAAACCAAAACAGAAGUCAUGGCCUCGCUGUUGAAGGCAGGUAGGAUCGCAGUUACAUGUGAUGCGUGGACGUCUGUCGCCACGGAAUCAUUUGUUACGCUAACUGCGCAAUUUAUCACCGAUGAUUGGAAGCUAAGGUCACAUGUGCUCCAUACAAGAGCAAUGAAUGAAAGACACACAGGUGCUAAUGUGGCUGAGCUGUUAAGCAGUGCCAUGAAUGAAUGGAAAAUCGACAAGAAAGACAUUGUUUUGGUUACAGAUAACGCCGCGAAUAUGGUUGUCGCUGCUGAGCUGGGUCACUUCGUCCAUCUGAAAUGCUAUGCACACACGCUAAACCUUGCCUCUCAGCGUGCCCUGAAGUUGCUGAGUGUAGCAAGGUUGCUGGGGAGAAUAAGACAUAUUGCAACUUUUUUCCACCGCAGCACCAUCACCAAACACCAGCUUGAAGAGAACCAGAAGCUGCUUAAUAUUCCAAGGCACAAACUGAAAAUUGACUGCAGCACUAGGUGGAACAGUGCAUAUGAGAUGGUGAGCAGGUUUUUGGAGCAACAGCCUGCGAUCACCGCCACACUCCUCUCCCCUCUGGUGAGAAGAGCAGAGUCAGACCUCUGCACUCUCAGUGAGACUGAUGUCACCAAUGCAGAGGAUGUCAUCGCAGCCCUCAAGCCCAUGAAGGAUGCAACGUCUGUCAUGUCAGAGGAGAGCAGCCCCACUAUUUCUCUGGUUGCUCCUUUGCAAGCUAAACUCCUUGAUGAGACAAAGGACAGUACUGGGGUGUCUACACAGGUCAAGGAGAUAAAGCAGGCCAUACACGAGGACCUCGGCAAGAGAUACCGCAGCGAGCAGGAGAAGCAAAUUCUUCACACAGCUGCUGCUCUCGACCCUCGGUUUAAAGGCCUGCCCUUCCUGUCAGAGGAGGAAAGAGAGGAGGCCUAUGGCAGAGUGGCUGAGGCUGCCUCCCAACUAGAGCAAGAUGAGCGAGAGGACGAGGAACAAACCCCUGCUGCGAGGGAAGAGGACCCCCCAAACACUGAGGGGGAGGAGGAACACAGAGCUCCCAAAAGAAUGACUUUGUCAUCUUCCCUGCUGGAGAAUCUGCUGGGGCAGAACUUCAGUGAGGCUCGAGUGCGACAGCCCAGGUCUGCCUAUGCCAGGGCUCAGGAAGAAGUUAACAAGUACUGUAGUGCUCCACCUCUCCGUCUCUCUGAGGACCCUCUUGACUGGUGGGGUCAGAAUGAGGUACAUUUUCCUCUUAUUUCCAGGCUCGCCAAGAGGUACCUAUGUAUUCCAGGUACCAGUGUUGCUGCAGAACGAGUUUUUUCGACUGCAGGAGAUAUUGUCACUGCACAGCGCAGCACACUAUUAUCUGAGCAUGUCGAUCAAGUCUUGUUCUUACACAAGAACUUGCAAAUUUGCACAACACUCAUUAGCUAAGCACAUCUGAAUUGACCUGCAUAGAGAUUUUAUUGUGGCCUGUUUUUUGAGUUUUUGUAGCAAUGGCCUGUUGAAUGCACUUUUAAAAGGAAUUUUUAUGUUUUGUCAAAGGGAUUCUGUGCCAAGUAUUUAGUCUGAAGUCAAGUUCAUAUUUUUGUAAGUAGGGGCCACAUUUUUUUGUUAUAGUUUGAAAAUACAAUUGAGCUGUAGGUACAGAAUUAUACAUUUAUGUAACUCAGGACAGCCUUUUUAUUUUGCUGAAGAUUGAAUGUACUGUUGAGCUGCUGAUACAGAAUGAGUAUUUUAUUUGUAACUCAGGGAAAACCUUUUCAUGUUUACAAAACUUAAAAAGCAGCAAAGCACUUUUUUUGAGCUGCUGGUACUGAAGUACACAUUUGUAAUUAAUUGCAGUGUUUUUGUGCUCUUUUAUUUUAUUUUAUUUUAUUUUAUUUUAUGUUGAACAGCCAAAACAGAAUGUUUUUUUUUUCUACAAAAUGCUGCCAUUUAUUUUGGUAUAGCAAUUAUUAUUUUUUUGUCAAUGGUUAUAUUGAUAACUGUAUUGCAAUUUUGUUAACAUUUUUACUUAAAUGUUUAUAAGGAAUCUUGUGAUUUAAGAUACCUGUUGUUACCUUUGGUUCCGUACGACCAAGUU